CGCUGUCGGCAGCGCGACACUUCCGGUUCCCAAGUGACCGUGCGGGGCAACCAAAGCUCCGAGGAGGCGGGGCCGAGGCAGCUCCUGUCGCUUUGCGGGGUCGGGGACGGACUCCUCGCCCCUGUCCAGUGCGGCCCGGACGUCUUUCGCCCCCCUCCUCCGCUGUCUCCGCCUCCAAGUCGGCCCGUCGUUCCUUCCCCUUCCUCCCUCCCUGUCGGUCGGAGCCCUUUUCUUGGCGCACCGCUGCGGGGGGGAUCCGCCGGAAGGGAGGCUUUUCGCGGCGGGACUCUUCCGGCGGGCGGCCAGGAUGGCGGCGGAGGGCGCCUGCGAGCAGCAGCUGCUGCUGGUGCUGCCGGCGGGGGGUCCGGCGUCCUCCUCCUCCUCCCCGUCGUCCUCCUCCUCCUCCUCGUGCCGCCGGUGCGGGGGGGCGGGGGUCGUCGUCGGCGGCGGCAAGUGGGUGCGGCUGAACGUGGGCGGCACCUGCUUCCUGACCACCCGGCAGACCCUCUGCAGGGACCCCAAGAGCUUCCUCUUCCGCCUCUGCCAGGCCGACCCGGACCUCGACUCCGACAAGGACGAAACAGGUGCCUAUUUGAUAGACCGGGAUCCAACCUACUUUGGACCAGUGUUGAACUAUCUCCGACACGGGAAGCUGGUAAUCAACAAAGACCUUGCCGAGGAAGGGGUUCUGGAAGAAGCUGAAUUCUACAACAUCACAUCCUUAAUAAAGCUCGUGAAGGACAAAAUCAGGGAAAGGGACAGCAAAGUCUCACAGUUGCCGGCCAAGCAUGUUUACAGGGUCCUGCAGUGCCAGGAAGAGGAACUGACCCAAAUGGUCUCCACCAUGUCAGAUGGCUGGAAAUUUGAGCAGCUCGUCAGCAUUGGCUCCUCCUAUAACUACGGGAAUGAAGACCAGGCUGAAUUUCUGUGCGUCGUCUCCAAGGAGCUGCACAACACCCCGUCCGGGACGGCCAGCGAGCCCAGUGAGAAGGCCAAGAUCUUGCAGGAACGCGGUUCGAGGAUGUAACGUCCCAGUAUUGGAUGCUGAAGAAUGACCCCAUGAAGAGCUGUGGCCGGGGUGGGGAGAGCCCUUUCUUCAGACAUUUUUUGUUGAUCUGGAUUUUGACCCAUUUGUACGUUUGGAGCAAACAAAGCAGGCAGUGGGGGGUUAGGGAUGCCUGCCUUGCUGCACAAAGGGCAGUGUUGGCUCUCAGGCCUGCUGGGGGGGAUUCUUUCGUGGUCCGAGCCACCCAUGCAAAGAAGUGUGCCCCCUCCACUCUUCUGCAGAGAGAGAGAGAGAGGAGCUCUCUGCCCAGCGCUGUGUCUGGAGGAGGCUUUGCGGAGUGCCCGGAAGCAGUGUGGCUCGUCCUCCUUGCAGGGCAGUGAUGAAAGGGCAACAUACUUGGUGCUACGUGUCACUUGCAGCCCAUGAAGGCCCGCCCUGCAUGGUCACCCCAGAUGACUGUCCUCGUGUGGCUCUUGGGGCAUGCCGUUGGUAGUCCGCAGCGCUAGCCCAGGUGGAAGGAAGGGCUGCCGACAGGAAGCCCGCACAUCGCUUUCUCGCCUCUGCUCAUUUCAGUCCACAAAGGGAAGAGUUGGCUUGGGAAGAAACCUUUUGCCUGCUUCUCUGGAACUGGCUUUCCUCUCUUCGUAUUGCAGAUGUUAAACUCGACUUCUAGCUACAUUUUAAGACUGAAGGUCCAUUUCAAAAAGAAUGCCCCCAACUUUCCCCACGUGUAUACUUCCACCCGAGUGGUGUUCAGAAGCGGCUAGGGCAAGUGUUCACGCCCUCGUGAACUGUGACAGAUCUGGAGGGCGGCCUGCAGCGCUCCACCCUCCCUGACGUUUGUGGAUGUGGGCCAACGUGCCCCCAGAAGCACCACGGCAGAGGCCAUAUCCACAGAAGAAAGGAAAAGGAAUGCGUCCUUGUGCGUCUUUAUAACUGAUGUUUACAGUCAUUUCUAUAAUCUCUUAUCUAUGCAGUACUAUCUGGUGUUUUGGCAGAGGUUGUCCAAAGCACUUCUUGUGGUUUCAUUGAGGGAGGCUUCUGGUAAAUGUGAAGAGAAACAACUGGAGUUUUUUGUGUGCUGUGUUUAGAUGAAACCAUUAGCAUGUCUUUGAUACAGGUUUCCAGAAGUAGACUUCAGACCUCUCUUGCGUCUUCGUGGAGCAUGACCAGAGGGACCCCGUGUUUCUCUGGGGCCUGCUGGCAAAUCUGAUGAGCGUACUUCAGACCGUUGCAUUAAAUGAC